CAAACACUAUUUUGAUAGCUUGCUUCUUUGUUUGCAAUUAGCUAGGUUGUAAGGCCAUGACUAGGAGGAAGGUUAAACUUGCCUUUAUCUCCAGUAAUUCGGCAAGGAAGGCAAGCUAUAACAAAAGAAAGAGGGGCAUCAUCAAGAAGGUGAGAGAACUCACCGUUCUUUGUGAUGUUCCGGGAUGUAUUAUAAUUUCAAAUCCUUUUAAUUCUGAUGAAACAGCGGUGUUUCCAGAUCGAGAGGGAGCUAUGCAGGUGAUUGAGAGAUAUCGUAAUACAGCUAUGAAGGACGAGUCAAAAAAUGUUAACCAACAGAGCUUCCUCUUGCAGAGGAUUACUAAAGGCAGAGAGAAACUUGAAAGGCUGAGACAUGACAAUCAUGAGAAGGAGACGGGCAUUCGUAUGCUUGACUGCAUUCAAAACAAUAAGUUGCCUGAUAAUUUAUCCAUUCCGGAUCUUCAUGAUUUGGAUAAGAUAGUUGAGAAAAAUCUGAAAGAGAUUGAGAACAAGCUUGUUCAGCUCAAUUUAUCUAAUAAUUAAUGUUGUCUUAAUGUUGUUAUGGUGAUUUUUAUGUUAUGUCUGUCGAAUUUUUAAUUUAUGUUUUGAAAAGCAUUGCUUUUGUCGUUAAGUUUAUCUGAAUAAAUCUCAUGGAUAUGAAUAAAAUUUGUUAUAA